GUUUUUACUGCUAAACUUUUUCUUUAAUAAAGAUAUGUUCCUUUAUAAAAAAUUAACACUACCUCGGAAGAUAUAUUUUAGAAACCGCCACCCCCUCACGAAAAUCCUGGAUCCGCCCCUGUUUCAAGGAUAAUCGAUCACUAGAAUAAGGAUCACUCUGAUUUCUACAUUUCGAAUAGACUUUUUUAUUUUUCAUUUUUUACAUUCUUUUUUUUUAUUUAAUUUUAUUACCACUCUAAUCAUUGGUGUAACCGGCAAAGACGCCUCUUACACAUAUACAGUUUAUCUACAGCAAAUAUAAAUAGAUUAUUAUCUGUCUCGAUCAAGUUACGAACACUGUCAUUGAAAAUUUUUAAAUUAACAACUUGAUUAUUUGCUCAUAAUUAUUGACGUCUUAAAUAUAAGUGUUUAUCUGCGCAAAAGUUCAAAAUUGAACUAUUAGAAAGAUUGGUAUUCCAAUUUUGUUGAUAUAAAUUACGAGAGUAGUCAAUUUUUUUUCUUGUGCACUGCAUUUUGUCUAUUAUUGUAUUCAAAAGUCAAAAAAAAAGAACAUGACAAGCAGUGAUAGUUAAUCAAUUUUUCAAGUUCAAUAUUCAUAAAGCCAAUGCUUCGAAACGUUUGAUAUGGUUUCGCUGUAAUUUCAAACAUUCCUUUCUUGAUAUUUUGUUUAAGAAUUUGAAAUUCUGCUUUAAUAUUAAAUCUUUUUUCUGCACAAAAUUAAAAUCAGCGUCAGGUGUAGUGACAAUAAAUCUUUGAUUGAGUAAGUUUCACUUUUGAAAAAAGAAACAAAGUUGACAUGAUUUGCGAUAGUUUUUACCUUUUUUUGAUCAUAAACGAUGGACACGUUAGUUAUUGAUGAGUAUAUUCUACAAGAGACUAAACAUGUAUCUAUCUGGUCCGUUAUUUAUCUACAAGAGACAUUUAUUUGAAAACCAAUAUUGAUAGAUUUUUCAAGAGAGAAUUUUGCUAUUAAAUUAAUUUCAAGCUUAAUCUCUGAAAUUUAUUUUGUGGUUUCUAUAAAACUAACUGCUUCAUUUUUUAUCAAUAGUUCAUAAUAUUACAAUUUGUCAAUGCUCCCUUUUUUUCUGAAUUUAAAACAUUUUAAAAAUAUUUCUUGUCAUAUUAGACGUUUACGUCGUCAAGUGUCAUCCAUUCGAUUAAAUAUUGAACUACGUGAUGAACCACGAACUAGUUCGACAUCAAGUGGUGGAGUUCUUGGUGAACUUCUUUCGAAUAUUGCUUCAAGUAUCAUAAAUCGCUAUCAAACUGGUCAAUUACAAACCGCUUGGAAAGCUCUCAAUUUAACAGGUGACAUUAUUCCUCUGAGUUUGAAUGCACAAGAACCAUUUGAUAAUACGCUUUCACCUUUGGGUAUUAUCAAUAGAACUGUUCUCUUAAUGCCACCAGCCAAUUGCCGAGAGCAAAGUCCGUGCACUAUUCAGCCGGUAAUUGUGGCGUAUGAUUCAGCGGGCAAUGUUAUUCAAAAGUUAGGUACUAAUGAUCAACCAUGGCAAGUACAGGGCACUGUUAUUGGUCAGUCGACUCAGAUCCUGUACGGCGGAAUUGCUAAUUAUUCAAAUGGACAAGCACAAUUCAACUCAUUCAGUUUACCGAGUAUUGGUUCCUAUCAAAUUCAAUUUACUUUUCUCCUACCAAAUGGUGUCAACAGUUCAUUUUUGACAACGGCCAAUCUGACAGUUCAGACAGAUCCAGUUACUGUAACAGAAGCUAUUCUAGCUGGUCAACAAGUGAACAAUAUCUACGUCGUCAACGUCAAUGAUACAUUCGACAUAUCGGUUGUGCCAGUCGAUAGUAUCACUGGCCUUCAACUUGGACAAAUCAAAUGGGACAACUGGACUUGGUGGGCAAACGUCACACUCUAUAAUUUACCAAGUUUCAAUAGUCAUGGUUCAUUGAUCUCACAAAAUACAUCAACAAGUAUUGUCAAUCUUACAGCAGGUACAGUCACCACAAAAAUAAACCGAAUUGAAUACAGGUUUUUUGAGUAG